UCAGUCAAAUUUUAGAGGUCUAGAUGCGCAAACCGCAGAAAGAGGUCCAAGACAGAAACGCGAUCGAUCGAACGAACGGAAAACAUUGACAUUAGAAAAGCAAAAAAAAAAAAAAAUAAAAUUAUAAAAAUAUAUAUUUGUGUGUUUGUAUGUUCUGUACGAAAAUAUACAUACUUAUGUGCGUGAAAAGUUUAUUUUUCCAUGGAAUAAAAAUAAAUAAAUAACCAAUUUCAAGAAAAUCGAAAGUCAUAAAUAAAGUGAAUAUCAAAAUAAAAUAAAAAAUUGCUUUAAACCCCGAAAUUCAUAAAACACGCGUUUUACCCCUCCAUUGUGAACCGUUACAAAACGUAAAACUCUAUGAAUUACUACUACUCUCCACCUCAGACCUGGGUCUCGUUACAAAAAUUGAGACAUUCAUCAAAGUCAGAAGACCCUAAACAACGAACAACCAUUCAUUGAUUGCAUCCAUUUGUUGUUGCUUAACGAAAUCUCAAAAUCUUUGAAACCUCCCCAAAAAACAAACAAAAUAAACUACAACAACAACAAAUAAAAACCCAAACACAAUAAAUUCAAUAAAACACAAAUAACAACAACUCAAAAUGAAUUUAAUGUUUCGCAAGAAUUUUCGUGAGGGUGCCAGCGGCAAGAGCGGUGGUGGCGGUAGUAAAUUACAAACGAAAGCAAAUCGUACUAAACGCUCGCGUGACAUGGGUCUCACAUCGCAGUCCGACGACAUACACUACAGGACACAUCUGUUUUUCUCACCGAAUCGGCCGGGUUAUGAUGUGGGCGAAGAACAACUCAUUGCAGAGCGGUGCAGUGGCUUUACCGGUAAUCCUUCAACCUCCACCACCAACACCACCGGCACGCUUCCACUGUCACCCAUCCAGCAUGAGUCUAUGGAUGCACCACAGCCUUUAGUUGAUCGCAAGCCUUCUGUGUCGCUAUUAAGAUGGAACAACAACAACCACACCAACGGCAACAACAACAGCAACAGUAACAUCACAACAAAUAUUCACAACUACCAUCACUACCAGUCACCACUACCACCACCACCACCAUCAGCAACAACAACAGCAACACCAUCCCAUAGAAGUAGUUUUAGAAAACCAAUUGAUAGCAUUCAAAUGACAGAGACCAACCGCCACAACAACAACGCCAACAUCAACUACAACAAGACAAGCGGCUACAACACCACGCCAGGCUCCUCCACAUUGCUACAACAACAUCAGCAGGGGCUUGCGGGGUUAUCUUCAACCGCUGCUGUUAGGCAAGCUAGCUAUGGCAUAACUGGCAGCGGCUCGGCCAUGGGUCCCAACAAUGGCCUUGUGUCCAUGUCCUCAGGCGGUGUGCGCAGCGAACCCAUAUCCUUGGCCACCCUGGAUCGUGAUUGUUUCAUAAUACCUGUACAUAGUGUAGAUCGUUUUCUGCCAGCUGGCAUACCGCUGCCACCAUCCCCCGUCGAUGGUAAUUCAACGAAACCUUCCAGCCCCCUCAGUGUUCUGGAGGUAUCCGAUCCCAAAUUAUGCAUUUUAGUUCAUUUGAUGAGUCCCCUCGAACCCAUUGACCCGGUGCUUGAAUCCCCCCUCGCCCAUCCAUUGCUGAAACAACGUUCAGUGGCCUCGGAACUUUUGACGGAAGUGCAACAGGCCAAUACAGCGGUGGGUGGCAUGCUAUUGGCCAAUAUGGAGAAAAUUUCCGAAUUUCCUUUUAUUACCUAUUAUGUUAUAAAUACCACACAAACGGAUCCUUCAAACUUUUAUUCGGGCAUAAGAGUUUCCUCACUAUCGAAAUUUGAGCCAAAAAACUUAAGAUACACUGCCGCUCAUACCUUAGAUUUAUACAGUGAAGUGGCUGCCAUAUGUCGUCCGCCGCUGCAGUUGGCCCCCAGUGAAAGUGGCAGCUUUAAGAAGACACAAACUCCGGCCACCGGUUAUAUCAUUUCAGUAUUUAAGGUCUUCGAAGGCGACGAUGGUGAACGCUUUGAAAAGAAUUGGCUGUAUUGGACGGGUGCUAGGAUGUUAUACAGAUAUCUACCACGUACUGCCGGCUUACGGCGCAUAUCUUUGCAUAAAAGCACUUCCCAACGUGGCGAUAAAAUGUACCUGCUUAUCUGUGAGUGUGCCGAACUUCUAAAGGACAUAAAUGCUGCUGCCGUUUUAAUACCUGCCCUGAGAGCUCGCCUGUGUGGCUAUACGGGGUUAUAUAGGCCAAUACAGGCGUUUUAGUUAGGCAAGAAGAAGAAAAAAACCAAAAUCAGAAAAAAACACUCACACAAAAAAAUGGAAAAGAAAUUGGAACAACGAUUCAGAAAAGCAAAAAAAAGCUUAAAUGGCACAAAAAAGAGGGACAAUGGAACAAAACAAAAAAAAUAUAUGGGUGAUACAUAGAAAACCAAAUAAAAACCAACAACAAAUAGAGUAAAAUAUUGAUUUUUG